AUGAUUGAAAGAUACUACAAGUUUUCUUUUUAUUGUCAGCUUGGUGGCCAUCUGUUCAAGGCCGUAUUAGAAGGGAACAAGAAAGAAGCAGAAAGACUGUUGGCAGUUGGUGCAGACCCAGACAGUCACGGUGGAAAGCUGGUGAAUGGAGUGUUGGCACGAGAGCUUGGAGUGACUACAGCUGGCCUCCUUGCCAGUGCCCUGAAUAUGGAAUGGGCUGUAACCAUGUUUGCCAAGAAUGCAAGAAAUGAUAAAACCGGUGAAACUGGCCUUCUGACAUCAGCUGUCUCAAACUCUGUGCAGCUUAAAGUUCCCUCACGACAAUUUCGUGUGAGACAUGCAACGGCAAUUCAAGGUGCUGAUGUGUACAAGAUGGACAAGGAGGCACGAGGCUUUGUUCGCAUCUUGAACUUCAGUUGUUUCAAGGACAGAUCCGACCUGAACCUUCAGCAACUCGACUACGAUGCUUGCAUAAUGUCAGAUGUAUUUGAUAAGAUGGGAUACAUGUGUAAAACACACUCGUCACUCACGGCUCAGCAGACUAAGGAGGUCAUGAAAAACAUUAGGGAUGGUGAUGAGCUAACAGACGUCGGAUGUGCUAUAUUUGUCAUUUGUGGAUAUAGUGUAAAUGGCAGGAGUGUUCUUACGUCUGACAUGAAAUGUGUAGACAUCGACUAUAUGUUGAAUGCGUUCAAAGAUUCCGAAUGUCCUCAGCUCAAAAACAAACCCAAAUUUUUCAUCUUCAAUUUUACAACACGAGUGAAGUUACGAACUCAGGUAAAGUCCAAAGUGAUGAGAUUGACAGAUCCCUGA